AUGUCCCGCUCGCUGAACAAGAAUGCGCUCAACACGAUCGAAAACCUCACACGCGCGCAGCGCUGGGUCAACCGUCCAGCACGGCCGUGCACAAGACACCACUCAAGUCGAACAACGACAACCGACGUCUUCUCGCACCCCGCUUCUGCCAAGUACCUGACGUCGGCGACGGACGCCGCGCGGCUACCCAGCUGUGGCGGCCUGCCAGAGAUAGUGGUGACCGGCCGCGCGAACGUGGGCAAGUCUACUCUCAUGAAUGCGGUCAUGGGGCGCGUCAACCUAUGUCUUACCAGCAAAAAGGCUGGCCGCACGCAGAUGCUCAACUUCUUCCGCAUCGGACCAGAGCCGGGAAAGCUCGUCCUGGUCGACGCGCCGGGCUACGGCGACCGCGGCCGCCAGGAAUGGGGCGCGCUGUUCGACCAGUACCUGCAGACGCGCACGGAGCUGCGCCGGGUGUUCGUCUGCGUGAACGGCACGCACGGGCUGAACGACCACGACCGCGCGAUGCUGCAGCAGCUCGACGCGCAGUGCCAAGCGUCCGGGGGCACGCGGUGGACGCUGCAGGCGAUCAUCACGAAGGCGGACGCGCUCGCGAGGGCGAAGAACGGGCGCGGCCUGGUCGCGCAGAUACAGCACGCGGUCUUCGAGGCGGCGCCGACAUGCCUGCCGGCCAUCGUCACGGCCGCAGCGCGGGAGCCGCAUUUUGGCAUCGACGAGGUGAGAAACAGCGUAGCAGAGGCGUGCGCACUUCGCUAG